GUCCUGACUCGGCUUCUUCCUGCCACUUCGCUUUCACAGGGGCAGUCUGACGGAGAUACCCGAAGGAACUUUCGACUAGGCGGCAAGAUGCGCACGCAUCCGACAGUAUCCCCCAUGCAUUCGGUGGGGUUCGGUAACGGUCGGAGAGCAUUUGGCCGGUUCGUCCCGUCGAGUCGACUGCGAGCACAGUAGAUCGUCGACCGACAACCCCUUCGCGUACGAUCAUGUCUCGCCACGGCUGAUUAAGAGCUCCCUUCUUUUUUCUUCGUCAUUUUUUUUUUACCUGUCUGUCUCGGCUCGUACCUCAUUACAAACAGUGUCAAGAAGCUCGAGCGUAUCGCCGGAAAGUUUCGCACCUACCGAUACAUAUCGACGUUUCGCGGCUUGCAGUGUGUGACACGUCAGGCUACUAAGCCGCGUUUAUUGUCUUGUUAUCCCUCCGUAUAUAUCUUUCUUCAAUCCUCUGUCUCUUUCGUAUCCUCUGCCUCUCUCUCUCUCUUUUUCUGUUCGUAACCACUCGGAAAAAGAAUAUGGAUGAGGCGAACGGAAAAAUGCGGAGCAAGCACGAGGACGUGGAUACUGCGUCCCUCAGCGCUGACAUCCUGAACCCCUUCGUGCACCGUCUCGAGCUCGACACAACCUACGACAAGCUCAAGACGGCAUUCCUGACGGUAGCACUACUACCAUUCAGACUGGCCGCAAUUACGGCUCUGGUGAUCAUGGCCUGGCUCCUGGCUUGUUUAGGUCUUCUUGGAUUGUCCGAAGAAGAUCUUCGUCGUGCACCUCUGACAGGGUGGAGACGCAAAAUAGUGCCCUGGCUGUGUUUUAUGGGCCGGCUGACAUACCAAGCAGGAGGAAUGAGAAUCAUUGUGCGUGGAAGACAGGCGACGAGGGCGGAAGCGCCGAUUUUAGUGGUUGCACCCCAUUCGACCUUCAUGGACGGAGGGAUCGUCUACAUAACCGGGUUCCCUUCGAUCAUCGUAAGACGAGAAUCAGGAUUGAACCCAUUUAUCGGAAAGCUUAUCAACUAUACACAACCGGUCUAUGUUUGGAGAGAAGAUCCGAAUUCACGGCAAAAUACUAUCAAGGAAAUUAUCGAAAGAGCUACUUCAAAAGAGGAUUGGCCACAGGUAAUGAUAUUCCCGGAAGGUACUUGUACAAAUCGAUCGUGCCUUAUUACUUUCAAAUCAGGUGCAUUUUAUCCUGGUGUUCCUGUUCAGCCAGUCUGCAUCAGAUAUCCUAACAAAUUGGACACUGUAACAUGGACGUGGGAAGGUCCUGGGGCAUUAAAGCUACUGUGGCUUACGUUGACACAACUGAAUAGCAGUUGUGAAAUAGAGUUCCUGCCUGUUUACAAACCAAGCGAAGCGGAGAAAACAGAUCCCAAGCUUUAUGCAAAUAACGUGCGACGUCUUAUGGCGGAGGCAUUACAGAUUCCCGUGUCAGAUUAUACGUAUGACGAUUGUCGAAUUAUUAGCAAAGCUCAUCAGCUAAACAUACCACGAGCAUCCAUCAUAGUGGAAGCCCAUAAACUUCGUAACAAACUCGGUUUGGUAUCGGCCAAAACGGAAGAGGAGUUAGUUCAGAAGAAAACAGAGAGAUUUAACGAAGAAGUUAAUUUGCACGAAUUUGCGCAAAUCCUCAGAAUAGAUGAAAAAGAGCCUGUUACUCAGCAACUAUUUCGAAUACACGAUAGGCAUGGAAAUGGUAAAAUAGAUUUGGAAGAAUAUUUAUUCACGGUGUUAGCUACAACAACCGCAAACUCGGAGCUAGACAAAAUCGAAACAGCGUUCGAAGUAUGUGGUACCAAGUCAUUAUCUUGUAUCAAUAAAAUGGAAUUAAGAAAGGCUUUAAAACUCUCAUUAAGUACGCCAACGGAAGAAUCUGAUAAAAUUUUUCAGAAUGCAAAGAUCGAUUUUGCUGAUACAACAGUAAAUUUUGAAUUCGUACUAGCAGCAUUAUCAGCAAGAGCAGAAUACUGUCAUAUAUUCGCUGGUAACCCCGAGACGAGGAAAAAAACUAUUUGAGAGUAUUUCAUCAACUCGUUCCAUGCUCAUCGAAGAUACAGAACACACCGUGUCUGUGGCAGGCCGCUUCUCAAUCAGGCAUGCUCCAGCCCUGUAUAAAUUUGUUCAAUUCUUGCUGAUAUUACUACCCUCUCAACGAAUAGAUAGCCAUUUUUAUUUAGUAUUAUUAUCGUUGACGAAGCAAGAAGUGUCGUCUUCGUGAGAAUUAAACAAGCGACGUACGGAACGAGAAGAUUAUAUACCGAUAACUAAAAAGUCGCGUUAAACGAGUCUGGCGUUUGUAUAGCACGAAUUUUCUUCCUUUUUUCUUUUUCUCUUCCUUAAAUCCUAGAAGAAGAACUUAUCUCGUACGAAUGAAGUCAAUUUUCAAAAGGAACGUUAAAAUCCAGAGUAAAAAAGAAAGUAAGGAAGGGAAAUGAUAUGUAUUUAUUAUGUAACUCGCAUUGUAAUGAUUUUUUAUUUUACUACGAUUUAAUUUAUGAAAAUUUAAACUUUUAUAUCGUACCAUUUUUUCAAUACAAGAGUUCAUAUUGCAAAAAACACGUAGUUAUAGAAAUAUGAGAAAGAGGGAGACAACGGUUGUCUUUUUUUUAAUUUAUUGCGCAGUUCAUACGCAUACGAUAGUUGUGAUAUAGUUUUUUUGUUUCGUUCGAAUAACAAGGCAUAAUAAAAGAGAACUACUAUGUAUUUUCAUUCACAGAUAUACACUUAUCGUUGUUACUCACGUAGAGCUUACUGAAAAGCUUUCUUCCCUUUUAAAAUGUCACGUUGAAAUUCAAAGUCAUGUACAUAAAUAGUAUUACACCGAAGGUUUCUUAGACGUAAGCAAGUUCCCCAAAUCUAACCCGUGUAAAAAUUACGAAUCACGGCGGGAAAAUUUUCCAUGCAAAGUAAAAUUAGAUUUAGAACUAUUAUCUAGAUUGCUCAGGGUAUCGAUUAAUUAAUUCGGAGGCUAUUGAAUGUUUCGCGCGUUAUAUCGUAAUAAAAGGUACUGUGGCCAACAGUUGACGAGUCAUCGGUUCAUACAAACAUAACCAGAGUUUCUAAUAUGUCUAAGAAAACCGAAUAUGUUUAGGACAAUGCAUUUAGAAUAAAUAUACUAUAAAAUUUAUUCUUUGCACGGUAAUAAUAUAUGCUACAGUAUUUAAUAUUUAAUAAACGUAAAUACAUAUGCAUGUAUACGGAUGUAUAUAUGUACAUAUAUGUAUGUAAAAUAACGAUAAUACAUUGAUCGUGAGAUACGAAGUAAAUUAUUGAUCAUUGUAUAUACACAUAUAUAUACAUAUAUACGUAUACAUGGAUUAUAUACAUGUAAUGUGUAUCAACAUAUAUGUAUAUACGGGAAAUGUAAUUGUAUAUAUAUAUAGAUACAAUAAAAUAUUCUUACAAGAUAUGAUCUAUUUUAAAUAAAUUUGAUUAAUUUUUUUCUUUCUUUCGUGUUACAGUGAAGAAGAUAAUAUUACCCGAUUUAUAUUUAUGUAACCGAUUUAAGUACAAAUAUACAUACAUAUAUCCUAAUUGUAAUAGAUCUAUAAUAUCACACAAAAUGCUUAAACGUGAUAAGAAUAAAGACUAUUUUGCUUCGUAAUAUCAAA